AUGAUUCCUAGCGACAUGCCUGCUAACAUCUUAGAGCUUGUUAAAGCUCUUCCAGAGUAUGUCCGCGAAGAAUCUGAUUAUGAUUGCGACAGUAUACUCGGAAAAGGUGGUUUUGGCGAAGUCUGGCACGCAGUUGACAAAAAAUCAAAGAAAGAAUGUGCUGUAAAGAAGUUAUUUGCAACAACUUUUGAUGCCAAACUCCAAAGGCUAUACAUUCAGGAGAUAUUUAUGACCGCUUGCUGUCAAGAUGAAAGCGUUAUUAGAUUAAUGGGAUUCACAGUUAAGAAACCGUUUUGUAUAAUUACUCAAUAUCAAAAGAAUGGAUCAUUACAAGACUAUGUGUAUCCAGGAAUGAAGUUCUUUAACUCAAUGCAACCGAAUCAUCUUACAAUGGUCGCAAUGCAAAUGGCAAGAGGCCUUCACAAGUGCCAAAAGCAAAAUAUUGUACAUCGAGAUAUCAAGCCAGGUAACGUUUUAAUUGAUGAAAAGUUCAUGCCAAUUAUUUGUGAUUUUGGUAUAGCUGGAAUUAUUGAUUUUGAACAUCCGAUGACUAGAAGGUGUGGAACUCUUGCUUAUAUGGCUCCUGAACUAUACAAUUCGAAAUUUUACGAUACUUACGCUGAUGUAUUUUCAUAUGGCAUCAUUUUAUACGAAAUGUCAGAGAAAAAGCAUGCUUAUGACGGAGAAACUCGAGAAUCAAUGAAAGCAAUUCUCAAAGAUGGCCAUGUCAGGCCAAAAUUUUCAAAUAAAACUCCAGAAAAAAUGAGAGAAUUAAUUGAGAGAUGUUGGGACUUUAAUCCCGACAAUCGUCCAUCAUUUGGUCAAAUCUACAAAAUGUUUGCUGAAGGAAAGGUCGGAUUCGAAGGAUAUGACAAACAUAAAAUGAAAGUUCUCGCAAAACAACUUAACGCACUCAGACGUCAUCCUCAUAAGCCAAAACAACGAUGCGACUUAAAUUCUACGAUAAAUUACGUUCAAAAAACUUAUGCUGAUGUUAUUGCUCAUCCUGAGCAAUUUAACACAGAAGACUCAGAUAAAAAGAAGAAGAAAUCAAAGGAUGAUGAUGACAAGCCCGAAAACAAAGAAGAAUCUGAUAAUAAUAAGCAAAAUUCUGAAGAAGUUGUUUCAACUCCAAAACCAGAGAUUUCAGUACAACCAAAGAACAGACUUAACAUUAACAUCUUGAAAGACCCAGCAAAUCCACAAUUUUUCGAGCAUUUACAUGAAAUUUCAACAACUAUCCAAGACAACGAAAUACUUCCAUUUGUGAGUACCACAUUCCCUAUUAUGCAGAAUUCCCAGUCCGAAUACCUCACUUCCCAUAUCCAAGUCGCGUAUUGUGAAGGAAUGACGACAAAUGACAAGUUUAUCAAGUUUAUGAAUGAAAAGAACUUGAUUGCGAACCUCCCUAUGAAGUCUCCUUUGAUCGUAAGUCAUUCUUUCAACAUUUUCGCCAUAUUUUUAUCGCGAGGAUUCGAAAUUGUCACUGACCAGUAUGCGGAUUGGGUCAAUUUCUACUUGCAGAAGGUCAACCCUGAAGGAACAUUAAACGCAGUAUCUGCUUUGUUCUCAAAACUCAACGGAAACUUCACAAAAGUGACAAAAAUUUUUUCUGUUUUUGUUUUGAAUGGUCCAAUGUUUUUCAACCUUCCAUGUGCAAGUAAUUAUAUUUCUUUCUUGUUCUACGUACUACAGAUCUCAGAACAAGAGCAAAAUAUCCAUUUACCAACAUUGAAAAAUUAUUUGAUGCAUUAUCUGAGAAGUGAGAAAAUGAAAAUGGUUGGAAUAGCCUAUACAGGCCUUUCCUACCUCUACGAUGGCUUAUUCCCUCUUGAUUUCCAGUUAAUGGAGCUUCAUUCCAAAAAUCCAGCGGCGCAAAAUGGAAUUACGGGUCUUUUGAUCAGAUUGCAAGACAAUAUAUUCCAAAUACCCAACAUUUUCAACAUUCUCCUUAAUUGUUCUGAGUCAUCUUCAAAAUCUUUGUCUCUUUUGAUGGAAUAUGUGACAAGAUUCCCAGAAACAGCAACAAGACUGAGUGUUAAUUCAACGUGGUUCAUCAAAGGAUUGCCAAAUGCUGGAGGAACACUGAGAUUGGCGAUGUUUGGAUUUUUACAUCCGAAAAUGCGAGUUCCUUUCUUGCAAAAUUCAUUAUUGGGAUUGUUAUUCUCAUUCCUCGCAAGUCAUCCUGAUAAUUGGAUACUGGGUUCCUUAUAUUUCCUCAUAAUAAACAUGAAAGCUGAUGCAAAAAUUUUGACACAAUUUCAGAAGAACAAUUUUCUCUCAAAAUUUGUGUCAAAUUUGUCAAAAUUGACAGACAUGGAAUCAGCCACAUCUGCAUGUUUAUUGCUUGAAUACUCUGCUAAAUUGAUAAAGAUUCCUGACCCUGACAUUGUUGUUGAUUCGAUCAUUCACAUGAUGAAACAAUUUCCACCAAUUAUUGGUCUUUGCGCGAGAGUUUUGAUGAAUUUGUCUGCAAUAAUAGAAAUGAAACCAGUGAUGAAGAUGAAGAACUUGCAAGUCUUCUUCCAGAAAUUGUCUUCUGACCAAAAUUACGGUGAAAUAAGUCGCACCGCAAUUGCAAAUCUAAGUUAA